AUGGUGUCGGUGAUCAAGGUGCUGGGACUGCUCGAAAUGCUGGGGCUGCCCGAGAUGCUGGGACUGCUGUCAAUGGUGGACCUCCGGCACAAGAGCCGAGUGCAGGCUCGUCUGGUGACCAACGCGCUGCAGCAAGACAUGAAUCUCACAGCUCGCCUGCGCAAGACGAAGCACUGUGUUGUUCGGCCCCUAAACAUCCUGUGCUCUGAUCAAUUUAUUCAGCGGCUUAUAUCAUCGGAUGGUGCGGCGACACGAGAUCAAAUUGAUGCCGGUGAAGUUGGUGUUCAGCAUCGUACCAACACGAUCGAUUAUAAACAUCUUUUUGCUGUUGCUGCAAACGACCCCCGCUUUGCGGACAUCGACCCAUCGCACGUUGUGGAGCAUGAAACUGCUAAGCUCUUCGAUACGUGGAAGAAAGUGUACGGCAACUACGCGAAAGCCUACGCCAAAUUUUUCGUGUCGGGUCAAAACUCCGAGGAGUUUUACAAUUUUUGCUCUGGUGAUUUGGACGUUGCGUUUCUUCGAGUGUGCGUUGCCGAGAAACCAGAACUGGAAGCUUUCGUUAGAGGCGGGAUGCAUGAACAGGAUGAAAUUGACUCGCUGGGGCUGGCAGCACUACCUCCACCAUCAACAAAGCCUUCGAAGUGGCAAGACCAAGUGCUCAAGACGGUUAAUUGGAUAGCGGAUAUCUUCGUAAGAGCUCCGGCUGUCGUUGCUCCACCCUCGAUAGCUGCAACCACUCCGGCGCCCCACGAAGAAGACGUGCUCAUCGAUCGCAUCGCGAAACUCCACCAGCUGAUUGAUCAAGUUAAGGAAUCCCAGCGAAAGUCGGAGCAAAGUGGAUAUGUGGACUCUACGCUUGUUAGAUGCAUCGGUCUUUACCAGCAACGACUUCAGCACUACGAAUCUCAACUUGCGAGCCUGUACUAG